AUGGGUCAUUGGAUCGCGGAGUGUCCCUCCCGGAUCCAUGACAAUGCGGACCGGCAGCGUCCGCAGCGUGCGAAUAUGGCGCACAAUCAAGCUUCAGGUGACUUCCUGUUUGCGGUCGGAAAGGUGAGCUGCGACGACACCAAGAACCCGACAUGGCUCAUCGACUCGGGCGCGACGCAGCACAUGUCGUACUCGAAGUGCUUCAUGGUCAACUACAAGACCAUUGAUCCAGUCGACUUGCACCUCGCGGAUGACGGUGUUGUGCAAGCUAUCGGCAGCGGCGACAUCGUGAUGAAGAUGAAGACUCCAAGUGGCGUCAAAAAGGGUGUACUCACGAACGUGUGGCACAUUCCCAAGCUGACGCGCAACUUGUUCUCGGUCGGCCGAUUGACCAAGGAUGCCGCGCCGAUGACAUUCGACACCAGUGUCUGCCACGUCAACGUUAAGGGCCAGAAAUGGAAGAUCGGCGAGCGCGCGGGCAAGGGUCUCUUCAAGAUGUGCAUGACGCCUGUACACGCGGAAAGUGCAAGCGUCGCGAAUGUGGCUGAAGCGCCGCAGAUGAGCAAGUCGUACCUGUGGCACCUGCGACUAGGCCACAUCGGCCACGGCGGACUCGACACGAUUGUGAAGCAGAAACUCAGCGUCGGCAUUGACAUUGCGUCGGUGAACAAGUGGGAGCUCUGCGGCGGAUGCGCGCCCGGCAAGCAGACGCGUGUGAGUUUCCAGUCGACUACAACCGAGCGCGCCAAGAACGUACUCGACAUCGUACGACUUGCUCAUCUGCGGCGCUUCAGCCACAUUCGCGACGCUCGCACUUUCCGCUUGCUUCGGAGCGACAACGGCGGCGAGUACGUGUCCAACAAAUUCGCCGCGUUCUGCCGCAACGAGGGCAUCGUGCAGCAGUUCACGCCUCCGUACACGUCGCAGCUUUAG